AUGCCCGGAUACCGUUCGAACGCCGCCUCACAUGGCUUCAUGGCGACGGCGACAGAUCACCUCUUUGACAAGCCAGCGCCCAAUGGCAAGCUGAACGGCAGCACAACCCGCGCGGCGCACGCCAGAAACCCCAGCGGCGACUCCGCCAUCGAGGCCUUCCCGCCUUUCGACCCGGACGCUGUCCACCAGGAACAAGAGCAGGACAGCGAUGACGCUGCCGAGACCACGAUGAGCACAGCUACCAAUGGCAACGGCAGCGGUAAUGGCAUCGUCCAGCGGCCCAUCGUCACAUCGACGGACCCCGAGGCCGCCGCGCAGUUGAGGGUGCAGCCCGCCGAGCGGGUCACUUCCCCGGUGACGUCGCCGCCAUACUGGGUGCAUUCGCACAACCGGACGGCGUCCAGCGUCUCGGUCGAGAGCGUCCUGCCCGCAGGCGCCAUCACGCUGCAGGACAACGAGGCGACGGACGAGGACGAGGGCCGGAGCGGCGGCGAUAGCGCUCGCAACUCGCACGGGCGAGACCGCAACCGUGCAUGCUGGGCCAAGAGCGUCGAGGUGACGGACCACGUCGUCGUGAAUGGGAGCGCGACCAACAUUGGCGCAUUCGUGGUGUGGAAUAUCCGGGUAGAGACGUUGAGUGGAUCCUACAUGAACAUACGAAAACGAUAUUCAGAAUUCGAUGACUUCAGACAACAGCUUAUACAUAGCUUCCCAAAUUUCGAGGCUGCUGUGCCAUCUCUCCCACCGAAAAGUGUCAUAUCAAAGUUCCGGCCCCGUUUUCUUGAGAAACGGAGAGCUGGAUUACAAUACUUCUUAAACUGUAUUUUACUGAACCCUGAAUUCUCCGGAUCACCUGUCCUGAAGGAAUUUCUCUUCAACUGA